AUGGAACAGUGGAAAGGCAAAGUAGCGAUAGUAACUGGUGGAAGUGCAGGAAUUGGUGAGGCAAUCGUUGUCAAGUUGGAAUUAGCAGAAUCACUAAAUGGAAAAGGAAAUAACCAUGGUACUGUACAUACAAAAGUUUGCGAUGUAACAAAUGAACAAGUUGUUAAAAAUGUAUUUUCUUGGGUUGAUUCUACACUAGGAGGUGUUAGUAUUUUAAUCAAUAACGCUGGAACUGUAAAAAUAUCAAGUCUUCUAAACGGGAAACUGGAAGAUUGGAAAGAUACGAUGAAUUUAAAUGUGUUGGCAUUAAAUGUGUGCUCAAGGGAAGCUUAUCAAUCAAUGACAAGAAAUAAAAUCGAUGGUCAUAUUAUUCAAGUGAACAGUAUUGGAGGUCAUCAUAUAACUCCAUACUUUGCCAUGAAAAUGUCUAAUGCUUCAAAAGUCGCGGUCAGCGUCUUAUGUGAGGGACUUCGUCACGAUCUACAGUUAGUAGGCUCAAAAAUCAAAGUAUCUAGCAUAAGUCCGGGCGGAGUUUCAACAGACCUUUUAUUACGACUUCUUGAACGUAGUAAGGAACCAAAUUCAACAUUUCAAGUAAAGGAUCUGAACAUACUUAAAACCGAAGAUGUUGCUAACGCAGAUAUCACAAUUUUGGCCACUCCGCCAACUGUACUUAUAGCUGAAUUGACCAUCGUGCCUAAUGGAUCAACAAUACAACCACAUUUUCAACCAUCUCCAGAAGUUGUGGAAAACUUAUUGAAUUCAUAUAAAAAUAUGUAUUUUAUAUUAAAUACGACCACAUUUUCUUUUCAGUGUUACUAA